CUCGUGCUCAUCGUGUUCGCGUGAAGUUACGGGGCAAGACUCAGGAAGCUGAUGCGGAGCAGCAGAGAGAUGUUGUCCGGGCUGCGGGGCCCCCUCAGCGGGCAGCAGAGAAGCGAGGAGCCGGUAUGCCCCGCAGGAGGAGGAUGGCGGCGGCGAUGGCCAACAGGCGACCACAGAGAAGCUGUGGAACCUGAGGAAGAGCGCGGGGAGGAAGAAGACGUGGAGCAGCAGAACUUCCAGGCGACAGCUAAAGUUGGAGCCAAGAAGCAGAAGAAGCUGGAGGAGAAACAGGCCAAGAAAGCCCAGAGAGAGGUGGAGGUGGAGGAGAGGGAGGAGAGGAAGAGGAUGCAGGAGCUCCGAGAGCAGGAGAGACGUCAGGAGGACGAGAGAGAACGGCUGCUGGAACAGAAACAGGAGGAGGAUGAGCGGCGAGCUAAAGAGGAGCAGGAGAGACGGGAGGAGGAGGAGUACUUGAGACUCAAAGCGUCCUUCGUCGUGGAGGAUCAGGGAGAGGAGGAGCAGCUCACUGAGGACCAGUCACGGAACCUGUUGCAAGAAUUCAUCCAGUACAUCGAGAGCUCCAAGGUGGUUCUCCUCGAGGACUUGGCUUCUCAUUUUGGCAUGAGGACACAGGAUGCUAUUGACAGACUGCAGAGCCUGUUAGCUGAAGGCUCGCUCACAGGAGUGAUUGAUGACAGAGGGAAGUUUAUCUCCAUCACUCCAGAGGAACUGGACUCUGUGGCUCAGUUCAUCAGACACAGAGGCAGAGUGUCCAUCACAGAACUGGCUCAGGCCAGUAACUCUCUGAUCAACCUGAUGCCUGAGAGCCGCAGCGCCGCCUGACGGACGCCGUUCUGCUGCAGGACACCUGGAGACUUUUCAUGGUGGAGAGCACAUGCCGGACUGUUAUGAUGAUGUUAUUUUCUGCUGUAUUUAAUAUUGACAUGAUGGCUCAGUAGUCUUUAUUCACCAGUAAGCACAAGGCUACUAUUACAGUGACUACUGUUUAUGACGUUAAACCAACAGGCCCAGCAACAUGACAAACAGUGACUUUGGUCUGUUUUGCUUUUUUGGUGACGUCUCUAGUGAUCAGUCCAUUCAGAAGAUAAAAUGUAGUCAUGAAACAGAACUUUAUACAUCCAUGAGUUGCUGCAGUGUGUGCACAGUACAGAUCUGUUGCCUCUUAAUGUGUUUCUAUGUUUUAAGCACAACAAAACUUCAUUCUGAUGAAGAGUUGAGUGUUAACACAGUUAAGUUGACUGGCUUUCAUCAACUACAGUAUAUGAAGGCAGGCACUACAUGAGUUUAGGUUUGAAUGCAUGACACCAAGUUAAGAACAGGACCAAGACAAGAUAAUAUGUAGCUAAUAUUUUGCUCAUAUUCAUCAGACCGUCUCAGUCAGCAGUGCACUGCAGAAUUUACAGAGUGCUGUGAGUUUUCUCUGGAUGCUGUGCUGCAGAUUAACUCCUCUCCUGUCUCCUGCAUUCACUGGAGUGUGUGUUAAAUCUGACAGUUAAGAACAAAAAAAGCCAAUGAGUCAUGUUACUGGUUUCAUUUGAAGCAGAAACAUACGAUAAGAUCCAAUCACAGUCAUGUUGUUAAUAAAUAAAUCAGUACACAG